GGAAGUGACGCUAUCGCGCUGCGGCAGCAACCAAUGAGCAGCGCCGGCACUCAAGCUGUGCGGUAAGCGAGCCGGGAGCGCUACUGUGAGCACCGUGCUAUGGCCGCCGCCACGUGGUGCUACCGCGGGGACCUCGAGGAGGAGCAGCCGGCGCUGCUGGUGACGUUCUCUAAUGGGCAGCUGCAGCGGCCCGACGCCGUGCGUUUCUCCCUCUAUCGGAGCAGCGAUGUGGCCAACCCCCGGAAGAAGAGGCGAAGGAUCCUGGUUUCAGAAACUGAAAGGCUUUCAUAUGUGGGGAAUAACUUCAGCAGUGGAGCUAUGAAAUGUAACUCCCUAUGCAGGUAUUUUCUUGGUGUUUUAAACAAGGAUUCUGGGCAAAUGCAAGUCUUUAAUGCUGAAAUAUUCAAUAUGCAACCCUUACUGUCAGAUAAUGUAAUUCCUGAUGACACAAGGGAUUAUCAGAAUAAAUCCUACAGAGAAAAGGUGGAUUUGUGCAUUGAAGCAUUUGGUACCAGCAAGCAGAAGCGAGCUCUGAACUCUCGGCGAAUGAAUGCAGUGGGCAAUGAUAUUCUCAAUACAGCUGUGACUAAAGCAGCAGCAGAUGUUAUAGAUGCAAAGGGGGUAACAGCUUUGAUCCAGGAUGUGGCCCAAGAUGAUGACCAAAACAUGUCCAUUUUCCUACCACCAUGUCAUGAAGAUGCUGACAAACCAGAAAAUGUUUACAAGUUUGAGGACAUUCUAUCCCCAGCAGAAUAUGAAGCAUUGCAGAGUCCAGCAGCAGCCUUCAUUAACAUCACUCCAGAAGAAGUCGCCAAGAAAACAGAAGAGAAAAGCCAUUGCUCCUUUGUCUUAGAGGAGCUGAAGUUCCUGCCUGCUGAUGAGAAGAGCAGGGAUCACAAAGCUCGAUGCCUGUGGUUUCUGGAUAUCCUUAUUAAGUUCAGCUUUCUGAAAAUAAUCAAGAAGAAGCAUCCCAUGGGUCCUGAAUGCCCUCACAUCAUUAGCAGGAAACUCAUGAAGAACUUCACUUCACUGACCUACAACAAUGGCAGUGUUCAGAAUUUAAUCUCUGCAUCACUGAAGACUAAAAUUGCAGCGUAUGUCAUUGCAUUGGCUCUGCACAUUAAAAACUUCCAAAUAGACCUCACUGUCCUGCAGAAUGACUUGAAGCUCCAUGAAAGCAGGAUGAUGGACAUUGCAAGGGCCAUGCGGUUGAAGGUCUCCAAGGCGAAGGGGAUGCCAGGACUUGAGAAUGAUGAAAAUCACAAGCUUGGCACCCUCUCUCUCCCCUUGCCUGUGCAGAAAGCAUCAGGAAGCCGGAGGAAACGCAGAAAGAUUAACUAAAAAGCAGGGUUGAAAUAACACUUUCAUUCUCAACAGCUGUUCUGCACACGCAGCAUCAUGGGAAUGCUUUUGUCUUGGAUUUGGCUUUCCAGCAUCAUGGCACAGCCUCGUUGAAGUCUCUCAGUUGAUGGGAUCAGGUGUUCACAGCAUCACAGAAUCACCAAGGUUGGAAAAGACCUUCAAGAUCAUCCAGUCCAACCAUCCACCUGUCUCCAAUAAUAUUCACUAAACCAUGUCCUUCCACACAAAAUCUGACCUUCCCAGCAGCCUGGCCACGGGACACGGGGAGGGUGCAGUGCAGCACAGACAAAUAAUAUGGCACUGCUUAAUUUGCAAAGGAAUCGUGUCAGUUUUCAGAGAUUAUGACUUCAAAAGACAUUAUAUGCAGAAACACGCUGCCACAUGGAAAUGCAUAUCAGGGGAUGCUCUGUAAAAAUAAAAUAGUGGAACUGAAAAAAAUCACCUCUA